AUGGUUUCCGAUACCGAAUCGGUUGCCAGCGCAAAAAAUAAGUGGGACGAUGUCAUAUCCACGGGAGCUUCGUCACGUCGAAGGAAAAGAUGGGACGAAACUCCUGUGAUGGCGGCGUCAUCAUCAGUAGCAGCCACGCCUCUUGUCACGACCGGGUGUCGAUCAAAAUGGGACGAGACUCCUGUAUUGGCUUCAGGUGGCGUAGGAGUGAUAAAGACCCCUACGCUUGCUGGCGCUCGGAACCGUUGGGAUGCAACUCCGUUGUCUACACAGCCUUUGGCAGGUGCGUCGCAAACUCCCAUGGGAACGCCGCUAGAUAAAGCAAUGUUGUUGGAGCGAGAAAUGGAAUCAAGAAACAGACCAUGGACUGAAGGUGCUUUGGACGCAAUUCUUCCUUCUGAAGCAUACAACAUUGUUCGUCCACCGUCAACCUACAUUCCUCUCCGGACACCCGGUCGAAAGCUCCUGGCUACACCCACGCCGAUGUCGAUGACCCCUGCGGGCUUCCAGAUGGAAGUGCCCGCUGAGCAGCGCAUAGACGCGUCAGUUCAAGAUAUUCGAGAGGCGUACGGAUCAUUACCAUAUAUUAAACCCGAGGACAUGCAGUACUUUGGGCGGCUUGCCGAGGAAGUCAACGAAGACGAUAUAUCAAAGGAUGAGUUGAAGGAACGUCAAAUUAUGACAAUGCUGUUGAAAAUCAAGAGUGGCACGCCCCCUCAACGAAAGACAGCUAUGCGACAGAUUACGGACAAAGCGCGCUCCUUCGGCGCAGGUCCUCUGUUUAAUCAGAUACUUCCACUUUUGAUGAGUCCAGCUUUAGAAGAUCAGGAGAGGCAUUUGCUUGUCAAAGUUAUCGACCGGGUCUUGUAUAAGCUUGACGACUUGGUACGUCCUUAUGUUCACCGGAUUCUCGCUGUGAUUGAACCGUUGCUAAUCGACGAAGACUACUAUGCCCGUGUCGAAGGUCGGGAGAUUAUCAGCAAUUUAGCGAAGGCUGCAGGACUUGCUACGAUGAUUGCUACGAUGAGACCGGAUAUCGACAGUCCCGAUGAGUACGUCCGAAACACGACUUCACGUGCAUUCGCGGUAGUGGCAAGUGCCCUUGGUGUUCCGGCCCUGCUGCCUUUCCUAAAGGCUGUCUGUCAAUCACGAAAAUCCUGGCAGGCGCGCCAUACGGGCAUAAAAAUUGUGCAGCAAAUAGCUUUGCUCAUGGGCGUUGCUGUGCUCCCCUACCUGAGAGAGUUGGUCGAGAUAGUCAGCCAUGGUCUUGUUGAUGAUAUGCAGAAGGUUCGGAUUGUCACAGCAUUAACCUGCGCAGCUUUAGCGGAAGCCGCUCAUCCGUACGGAAUCGAGAGUUUUGAUCCUGUAAUUCGCCCGCUCUGGAAAGGUACUAUGGAGCAACACGGAAAGGCCCUCGCUGCUUUUCUCAAAGCUGUUGGCUUCGUGAUUCCUCUCAUGGAAGAGAACUACGCUAGUCACUACACCCGGCUCGUCAUGCCCAUUCUUAUUCGUGAAUUUCACUCCCCCGAUGAAGAAAUGAAAAGGAUUGUGCUCAAGGUUAUCGAACAGUGCGUUGCCACGGCUGGGGUCGAACCUGACUAUAUUCGCACAGAGAUCCUGCCCGAGUUUUUCCGAAACUUUUGGAUCCGCCGUAUGGCACUAGAUCGUCGCAACUACAACCAAGUUAUUGAAACCACCGAAGAAUUGGCAAACAAGGUUGGUUGCUCUGAUAUAAUCAUUCGUAUCGUGGAUGAUCUCAAGGAUGACUCAGAACCUUACCGACGGAUGGUGAUGGAAACUUUAAAAAGAGUCUUGAACAAUUUAGGCGCUAGUGAUAUUGACGAACGCCUGGAGGAACGGCUCAUCGACGGUAUUCUAUAUGCCUUCCAGGAGCAAGCUGUGGACGCCAGUAGUACGGGUUCUAAUUCUUUUGGCAGGGAAAGCCAAGUGAUGCUGGAGGGCUUCGGAACUGUUGUAAACGCUCUCGGCGAGCGAUGCAAGCCAUAUCUUAAGCAAAUUGCCGGUACCAUCAAAUGGCGACUCAACAAUAAGGCGGCAUCUGUUCGUAUGCAAGCUGCUGAUCUUAUCGGACGAAUCGCAGUUGUGAUGAAGGCCUGUGGCGAAGACCAAUUGAUGGGGCAUCUGGGCGUUGUCCUUUACGAAUAUCUUGGUGAAGAAUACCCGGAAGUGCUGGGAUCUAUCCUGGGUGCUCUUCGCGCCAUUGUGAAUGUCAUUGGGAUGACAAAGAUGACCCCACCUAUCCGCGACUUGCUUCCGCGUUUGACACCGAUUCUGCGGAAUCGCCAUGAAAAAGUGCAAGAGAAUGUCAUUGAUCUGGUCGGCCGUAUUGGGGACCGUGGUGCAGAGUUUGUGUCGGCUAAGGAGUGGAUGCGUAUCUGUUUUGAGCUACUUGAAAUGUUGAAGGCCCAUAAGAAGGCCAUUCGACGUGCUGCAGUUAGUACGUUUGGUUUCAUUGCGAAGGCAAUCGGUCCGCAGGAUGUGCUGCAUACUCUCUUGAACAACUUGAAAGUACAGGAUCGGCAGAUGCGCGUCUGCACGACUGUCGCCAUUGCUAUCGUUGCAGAAACGUGUGGGCCAUUUACAGUCUUACCCGCUUUGAUGAACGAAUACCGUGUUCCGGAACUCAAUAUACAAAAUGGUGUAUUGAAAUCUUUGAGCUUCGUCUUUGAAUACAUCGGGGAUAUGGGUAAGGACUACGUCUACGCUGUUACCCCGCUCUUAGAAGAUGCCUUGAUGGAGCGCGACCCUGUGCAUCGUCAAACGGCAUGCUCCAUCGUGAAACAUCUUUCACUCGGCGUUGUUGGCUUGGGAUGCGAAGAUGCACUACUUCAUUUGUUCAAUUACGUCUGGCCAAACAUUUUCGAAGAAAGCCCUCACGUUAUCCAAGCAGUGUUUGAUGCAGUACAAGCACUCAUGGUGGCAUUGGGACCCAACGUAAUCUUGGCCUACACAAUCCAGGGGCUCUAUCACCCCGCACGGCGCGUACGGGAUACAUAUUGGCGUGUAUUUAACAUGCUCUACAUUUACAAUGCCGAUGCUCUCGUAGCGGGGUACCCUUCCAUGAGGGACGAAGGUGGAAACACUUACAAGCGCACUUCUCUUGAACUCUUUAUUUAA